GCUCCAGCCAGCGCCGAGCCCCGCCUCCUCCGCGCGCGCGCGGCCUGGCCCCUGCGGAGGCCUCCCCCGCCGGGCUGGCGAUGACAAACUACAACAAGUGGGACAAGUUCGCCGCGGACCUGGCCUCGGACACCGAGGAGGAAGAGGACCAGGAACUCCAGGAGAGUUCACCAGGAAGUCCUCCAGAUACAUCCACAUUCCCCCGCGCGAGUUCUCGCAAAAGCGGAAGCUGUGCGAGAUGUUGGAAGAGGACUCGACGAGGACUUCGAGGCCCCGGGCUCGGCGGCCGCGGGCCUGCCGAGCGAGGCCGAAGGCGACAUGGAGCCUGGCGUCGCUUGCGCGCUGAAGAAGUACAGCUGGUCCUCCGUGGGCUCGCAGUUUGUCCCCGGCUACGGGUCCACCAGCCGCGACGACGACCUGUGGCGGGUUUUUUUCGACGACAACUUCCUGUCGACGCAGAAGGAGCCAAACCGAGGCGCGCGCUCGCUCAUCGGUCAUGCCUCCCUGGGCAGCUUCGUGGUCGCGUGCAUGGACCGGAGGACCAGGGGGGGGGGACUGGCAGGGACAGGCCGAUCAGCCGGAAGGAGGUGGCUGAUCUGAUCAUGAGGCGGCAGCAGGGUGGAGAUGCCGAGAAGAUCAACCUCGAGCACGAGAAGAACAGGGAAAGCAUGAAACUGUUCGAGAAGUUGGGGGCAGAGACAGUGGAGCUCAAGGGCCCCGAGGCCUGAGAGCAGACCGUGGCGCCGCGCGGUGCGCGGGCGCGCGCAGGCGCCCGUGGCCUGCACGCUGCCCGGCCACAGACCGCGAGGCCUCGCCAAGAAAGUGUCGUCCGACCGCCGGCAGGCCGGACCCCGAACGCCUGCAGGCAUUGCUCAUUUCCAAUUCUUCGAAGGCGGUUUGAUUUUUUUUGGGGGGGCCAAGAUCCUUUCAUUUCUAAUUGUUCUAUCCUGGGCCUCUUCAUGAACGACGUGUAGGCGUGAACGAUUCGGUCACG